UUACAAUAAUUCCAGUUUUGAAUAAUUAUUAAAUUAAAUACAUACCUGAUAUGUACUUCAAAAUUACUUCUUUAUAUUUCUAAAUUCGAGGUUUAAAGUUUCAUAGUUUAUUUACUAAUAAAAUGGAAGAAAUAGAGUAUACAACUUUGAUUGAAUGGUUUUGUUAUGAAUUUUAUUAUAAUGGCAUGUUACUUUACUGUAAAGAAGCAUGUGAAGCAUAUCCAACUAGUGAACAUCUAAGAAUUCUCUUAAGUCUUGCAUAUGCAUUAAUUGGAAAAACUCAAGAAGCUGUUAAAGAAACUGCAAAUUUAAUGAAUGAUACAGACACAACACUAGCAGCACUAUUUGUACAGAGUGUAGCAUAUUCGAACAGUGAAAAUGUUGAGAAAGCUAUUAUGAUACAAAUUGAAACAAAAAUUAGAGAUGAGAGACGAAAAUCAUCUUCAAAUGGAUUGUCAUUAGCAGCCUCAGUUUUACUUUUAUCACAGAAGAUUGACAAAGCUAAAGAUUAUGCGGAGAGAGCAUACAAGCUUGAUUCAACCAAUAAAAAUGUUUUACUGACUAAAGGUUGGACACAUUUAUUUCUCAUGAAUGAGAACAGUUCAAAUGAACCGAAUUUGUUUGAUGUUGUUUUAAAAGAAGAUCCAAAGAAUGUAAAUGCUUUACUUGGUUCUGCAAAGUAUAAACACCAACAUGGUGAUUAUACAGAAGCAAUAUUAACGUUGAAUUCAUUAAUUGUACGUUAUCCUAAACUAUGUUUUCCCUUAAUUGAAAAAUUGUAUAAUCAACUUGCAAUGAAAGACUGGGAACAGGUCCUAGAAACUGCUAAUAGAAUACUAUCCAUUGAUUCAAAUAAUGUUGAUGCUGUAAAAGCAAAUGCAUUUGUAGUUCUUUGCAGAGAUGGAAAUUUCAGUGAAGGAUUAAAAUAUUUGCAAACGUUGUUUAAAAAUCUGAUACUUACAGAAGGAAGAACUGUACCUGUUUUAAUUAGUAAUAUUCAAUUAUUUUCGCGGAUAGCGUGUAAAUAUCAAGGGAUUUUAUUAGAAUUGUCGAAAAUUGCUGAAAAAAUGAUACAACAUAAUUCAAAAAUGGCAGACCUUAUGAUUGAAUUAGGAAAUUUAUAUGUUUCAUUGGACAAAAUAAAAGAUGCAGAACAUUGGUAUAGGAGUGCUGUUAGGGUAAACGAGUCUUCAUUCGCUGGCUUGAAAGGUUUAGCACAUUGUCAGCUUUUGGAUACUUCAGAAGAUAGUUCAGAUCUGGCACAACAGCAAAUAGACUUUCUUAAGGAGAUGCAAUCAAAUUCAAUGGAUGCAGAACUAUUUUUUAUGUCUGCAAAGUUAACUACCAUUGAUUCAAAUCAAGUUUUAAAUUACUUAGACAGAGCAGCUACAAUCAUAUUAAAUAACUGCAAAUACAUACCGUAUGGAUACGAAUAUAUGAAAAAAUUAAAUCCUGAUUUAUGCUUAGAGAUUUCUAAGCAACGUUUAAUUUAUUCUGUAACAAAUGAUAUGGCACAUCUGGAAGAAAAGGUAUCAAAUUAUAAAGAACCAAGUUUAUAUUUGUUGGAGCAAUUAUCAGAAGCAUAUCCUGGUUUAAGUAUAGCUCAGUUGUUGUUAAGUAAAGCUAAAAUACAGAGUGGAGACUUAGAAGGUGCUUCCUAUAUAUUAAGAAAUCUGUUGGAUAAUGUUGAUUCAUCCAAUGCAGAAGCUCAUUUACUUAUGGCUCAAAUAUUGGCUCAACAAGGAAAUUAUCAACUGGCCUCCCAGAGUCUGGAAGUUGGUUUGAGCUACAACUUUAAAAUCAGAGACAGUCCAAUUUAUCAUUUGAUCAUAGGUAUUAUUCAAAAAGAGAAUAAAGACAUAGAAGGUGCAAUAAAAAGUUUCCAAACGGCUAUGUCAUAUGCUGGAUUGCAAUCCCAUAAGAAUAUUUUGGAUUCUACACAAAUCUCAAUAUCGGACACAGCAACUUUAUAUGUUGAGUUAAUUUCUGCUUAUAGUAAAAUGAAACAAUUUAAUGAAGCUAUUGCUGUAAUACAGGACGCCAAAAUAAAGCUUGGGAACACUUUAGAAGAAGGCAAAGUAUUGAUAGGAAAUGCAGAAUUGUUUUUGGAAAUGGAAGAACUAGAUGAAGCCGUUGAUUGCUUAUCUAAAGUAACUCCAGAUCAACCCUAUUAUUUACAAGCACAUACACGUUUAGCUGAAAUAAAUUUAAAAUACAAGAAAGAUCGACACGCAUUUGCUGUGUGUUUUAGGGAGUUAGUAGAACAUUGUCCUGGCCCCAAGACAUACAGUAUGCUUGGUGAUGCAUAUAUUUCCAUACAAGAACCGGAAAGAGCAAUAGAGGCAUAUGAACAAGCUUUGAAACAAAAUCCUUUAAAUAAAGUACACAUAGCAAGUAAAUUAGGAAAAGCGCUUGUAAAGACCCAUCAAUAUACAAAGGCUAUAAACUAUUAUCGAGAUAUAAUGAAACAAGAAAGUUUUAACAGCUUGAAAUUAGAUCUUGCAAAAUUAUUCAUAACUAUGAAACAAUAUGAUAAAGCAGAAGCUACGUUAGUGCAAGAAUUACAAGAGGGUCGCCGAGAUUCUGAUAUGCAAAGUUUAGAAGUGCGGGGUCAAUUAUUGUUACUGCUUGCUAAAACACGAGAAAAAGCAGGCAAUAUCCAAGGUGCUUUAUCAGCAUUAAAAGAGGCUAAAGAGAAUCAACACAGAUACAUACAACGCCUGGGAAAUUCUAACUUAGAAGACGAGAAACAACUCUUAGCUAAUGUUUGUUUCACGAUGGCUGAUUAUUCAUCUUCUUUGAGAGAUUAUGAUCAAGCUAUAACAUAUUAUAAGGAAGCUUUGAAUCAUAAACCUACCGACGUAAAUGCUUUACUAUCAUUAGCAAAGCUUUAUAUGCAGACAAAUAAUUUAGAUAGAUGUGCUCAGAGCUGUACAGCAGUAUUAAAUGCAGAUCCGAAUAAUGAAGCUGCUUCGAUAAUGAUGGCUGAUCUUGCAUUCAGAAAAGUUGAUUUUGAAACAGCAGCCUUUCAUUUUAGACAAUUAUUAUUAAAGCAGCCAACAUAUUGGACUGCAUUGGCAAGGCUAAUAGAAGUUUCACGUAGAACAGGGAACAUGGACGAUUUGGAAGAAUGGCUGCAUCGGGCAGAGGAAAGAAUGAGAGGUGCACAUUUGGCAGCUGGUUAUUAUUACUGCGCAGGUUUAUUAGAUUGGCGUAUGGAUCCAGAUGAUGAUUCUUCUCUUUCAAAUGAAGUAUUCAACGACGAUGACGCAGAGUACCAAGAUUCCAGAACGAUGGCUUUAAAAACAGCGUACCGUCUGCUACAGGAGCUGAAUCCUAAAGGUAGUCCACAUGAAAUGUUGACACAUAGAUUGUUAAGUAAUUUCUUUCUACUGACUACAAAACAGAAAUCAAAUAUAGAGAAAGCUCUACAAGAUUGCACAACUCUAGCUAGCCAAGAAACAUUAAGAGAUCAUGUUGGACCAGCUUUAGGCAUGGCAAUGGCUCAUAUUCUUCUUAAACAGACUCCUCGUGCGCGAAACCACUUAAAACGUGUAAGCAAGAACACAUGGACGUUUGAAGAUGCAGAAUACCUAGAACGUUGCUGGUUACUGUUAGCUGAUAUCUAUGUACAGUCUAACAAAUACGAUUUAGCAAAUGAUCUUUUAAAACGCGUUUUGCAACACAAUGCAACUUGUGUUAGAGCUCACGAGCUCUCUGGUUAUAUUGCUGAAAAGGAACAGAAUUAUCGUGAAGCUGCAUCACAGUACAGCCAAGCAUGGAAAUAUGGAGGAAAAUCUAAAUUGUCGAUUGCUUAUAAAUUGGCUUAUUGUUCUAUGAAAGCAAAAUCCUAUGCGGAUGGUAUUGAGGCUUGUAAUGAAAUUUUGAAACAGAGUCCAGACUAUCCACGCGUUAAAAAGGAAAUUUUGGAAAAGUGCAUUAAUAAUUUACGUACUUAAAGUUUUAUGUAUAAGAUAAGUGGAAAUGAAAUACAAACUAUCUUAUUGUACAGUAUAUACAAUACACCAGCUAGCUAUAAAUAUGAAAUAAAAAAGAAAAACUGUGUAUUUUGUUUUUUAAUAACAAUUCUUAUCAUUUUCAUAUCACAUUCUACUAUAUCAAGUAUUGGUACGUAAGUAUGGAUAUACUUUCAAAAUUUGCCACGAAGAUGGGGCACUACGAUCGUGGUAUACAGUAUACAACAGCAGCUUUCAACUAGUGAUACAAUAUUUGGGUUUUGUUUUUGUUGUGGUAUAUGUUUAACAUAAAUACACUUCCUAACAAGAAAUCAAAUUGUAUAUGUACCAACAUUUCUUAAUAGAUUUGAGAUAGAAAUAUGAAGCAAAUACAAAUCUUUUUAUAUAAAUAUUUUUAUUUGAAACAUCCUCUGUAAUCACAAUCAGUCAUUUAAGGUCACUGUUCCUGUAAAACAUGUUUAAAAUUAAACAUUGUUGAUGCCAUUGGGAUUGUUAGUUUUAUAAUAAUAAAUAAACAUUCUUUGCAACAAAGUGAA